UCUCGGCGCAGGCGCUGCCGUCAUAUGACUUGAGUGUUGGGCGACUCCAGGAAAACAAAGCUGUUAUGACAGUAAAUGAACAGGAUAAACACUCGUUGAAAUAAAAUAUCAACUCACAGUUAGUAAAGCAAACAACACGUCCGGUACCUUAAACCUGCCUUUUGGGAACGGUUACUAUGGAGGAGACGAACAGAGAGGCGGUUGCCACGGCAGUGCAGAGGGUUGCUGGGAUGCUGCAGCGCUCUGACCAGCUGGACAAAGUGGAGCAGUACAGACGGAGAGAGGCGCGCAAGAAAGCAUCUGUAGAAGCUAGAUUAAAGGCUGCUAUUCAGUCUCAGUUAGAUGGGGUACAAACAGGCCUCAAGCAGCUCCAUAAAGCUCUGUGUGAUGUGAAAGAAAUCCAGAGCUCUCUGGCAGACGUCAGUAAAGACUGGAGGCAGAGCAUCAACACCAUAGAGAGUCUGAAGGACGUGAAAGACGCAGUGGUUCAGCACAGUCAGCUGGCUUCAGCAGUCGAGAACCUCAAGAACAUUUUCUCAGUACCUGAGAUCGUACGAGAGACCCAUGAUUUGAUCGAGCAGGGCGAGCUGCUUCAAGCUCACCGCAAGCUAAUGGACCUGGAGUGUUCCCGUGAUGACCUCAUGUACGAGCAGUACCGCAUGGACAGCAAGAACGUCCAAGACAUGAGCCUCAUUCGUGGCUACUUCGGUCAGGUGCAGGGUCUGUCAGAGGAACUCUCCAAACAACUCUGGAUGGUCCUCCAACGUGCCAUGGUCACCGUCCGCCGUGACCCCACAAUGCUGGUGUCUGUGGUCCGAAUCAUCGAGCGUGAAGAGAAGAUCGACCGCAAGAUGCUGGACCGUAAGAAGCAGACUGGGUUCAUCCCACCCGGGAGGCCCAAAUGCUGGAAAAAUCGAAUGAACGAAGUCCUAGAAGGCACCGUGAGUGCUCGCAUCGAGAGCACACAGUCGGAAACACGCGAGUCUGACAAAAUGUGGCUGGUGAGGUUGCUGGAGAUCACUAGGAAGUACGUUCUGGACGACCUGACUGUGGUGAAGAACCUGAUGGUGCAGUGCUUCCCUCCACACUACAACACCUUCCAGGUGUUCUUCGACCUCUAUCAUAAAUCAGUUUCGGCACGCGUGCAGGAGCUCGCAGCUGAAGAUCUGGAAGCCAAUGAGAUCGUGUCUCUUCUCACGUGGGUCCUCAACACGUAUAAAAGUGUGGAUAUGAUGGGUCAUCCUGAUCUGCAGCCCGAGUGUGACGUCAAGCAGCUGGAGCCGCUCUUGCCCCAACACGUGGUGGAUGAUUUGCUGGGCAAAUACCUCAAAACCUUUACUUCAAAUAUCACAGGCUGGCUGCGCAAAGCUCUGGAAACAGAUAAGAAAGACUGGCAGAAGGAGACGGAGCCUGAAGCCGACCAGGACGGCUACUACCAAACCACCUUACCUGCUAUUGUCUUCCAGAUGUUUGAGCAGAAUCUGCAGGUGGCCGCGCAGAUCAACGAGACCUUUAAAGAGCAGGUGCUGAGAGUCUGUCUGAAGCAGAUGAACUCGUUCCUAGUAAGGUACAGAGAAGAGGCGAUCAGCUAUAAGGAGGAACAUCUGAAAAAUCGUCAGCUCCCACAAUGUUAUGUUCACUACAUGAUCGCCAUCAUCAACAACUGUCAGACGUUCAAAGAGUCUAUAAAUAGUCUGAAAAGGAAGUACUCUCAGUCGACUGAACCCACUCAGAACGACGCCACCAUAGACAAGCUCCUGUACGAGGUGGCCAGAGACGGCUGCCAGUUCCUGCUAGACGAAGUCUUCCUGGAUUUGGAGCAUCAUCUGAAUGAGCUGCUGACCCGGAAGUGGUUGACGGGGUCUCAUGCUGUAGACACCAUCUGUGUGACCGUGGAAGACUACUUUAAUGACUUUGCCAAAAUUAAAAAGCCUAAAAAUCAGGAAAUGACGAGCGAGGCUCAUCGGCGGGUGGUGGUGGAGUAUCUGAAGGCCAUCAUGCAGAAGCGCAUCUCGUUUAAGAACGCUGAUGAGAGGAAGGACGGAGCCGACCGCAUGAUAAAAGAAGCCGAUCAGUUCAAAUUCCUCUUCAGGAAACUAUCUGCUGGAGAGGACACAGACCGGCUGUGUGACGCCAUCGCUGCCAUCGCUGAGGUCUUCAAACUGACCGAUCCUGCGCUGCUCUACCUGGAGGUGUCCACCCUGGUGUCCAAGUAUCCUGACAUCAGAGAGGAGCACAUUGUGGCCCUGUUAGCUGUCCGAGGAGAUGCCAGUCGAGAAAUGAGACAGAUGAUCAUAGAGACUCUGAACCAGAACAAACCAUCCACUUCCUCUGCGUCUCAGCCCGUCUUCAGAGACAUCACCGUGCCAUCCAUCACCAUGAGCACCAUGACCUCUAUGACUGUACCCAAACUGCUGAAAUAAUCUGACCUUUGACCCCUAGAGCCUUUACUAAACCCCCUAACAGGCUACAGAACAGAUUAUUGACUAAUGCACUUUUGGAAACACACUGGCUGCCAUCUCCGUGGAUGAUGACGUGCAGUUGAAUGGCAGCAGCUUGUGUUGAGACUGCAGGUAAUUAAUGAUGACUUGAUGUACAGAAACAUUUUCAGGAUUAUUUUUUCUAGCCUGCCCUUUGUAAAAUGGUUGAUGAAUUAAUGCAAUAGUUCACCCCAAAACAACUGAACUAUCCCUUUAACAUAUCGUGAGGUUGCAUUCAGCUGCUUUUGUGUCAUUCAUUUUCCUAAGUAAUAUACAGUCACGGUUUCAUUUCUUUUCCACUACAGUGCUACAUUUAUAAACGUCCUGCUGGCUGCUAUCUCGAACUAUAAUGAACCACUAAAUUCCAUCAUGUUUUCAUUUCAGUAAAAUCUGAUGUAGCACGAAGUGAUUUAAAUGAUUUAUGAUGCUGGAUUAAACUACAGGUCAUCUCUGUUUAUGCACAUGCAAUUUGCCUGGCGAUUUAAUUAGUAAUAAUCUCUCUCAUCUCAUUGGCUGAGCACAUGUAUAUUUGAGAUGAGGGGAGGAGCUCUGAAGGAUUCUCAUGACUGAGAGAGAAAAGACCUCCACCACAGGAUGCCAUGCAAUUAAUGAUUUUUUGCAGUUUUCUUGAUAAUACAAUGCAAUGUUAUGAAUGGCUGUGUUAGGCUUGUGGUGUUAGUAUAUUGCUCAUGGUUUUAUUUUAAGAUUGUUGUGAACAUUUAUGCAGUGAAUGUUUCAAACAGCUGCUUUGCUGUCAUGUGACCUCAGUAUGUUUAAUUUGGACAGUUGCAUCCAGAGUUAUCUUAAAAUACAAACUUUUUUUUAUAUUUCAAAGGGAUAGUUCACCCAAAACUGAAAAUUGUUCCAAACCUGUAUAAGAUUAUUUUUUUCUAUUUAACACAAAAGAUGAUACUUUGAAGAAUGUUGUGUUUGGGAACCAAACAGUUUGUAGUAUUUUUCAUUCUUUCUCCAAGUCAAUAGUUACAGUCAAAUCAAAGACAACACUACAGAAUGGGUUUUUAUAUUUAUUGCUAAUAUCUUGACAGAAAUGAUCAAUUUGGCCAAAAAAGCAAAUUUGAUCAGAUUAAUUUGACCUCUCAGUACAGAUUAAUCAACAUUUACAUAUGAAAUACAGUAAACGUAAACUCGGAGGCAGAAAUCAAACCUCGUUCAUACAGUACAGCUUCAUAAAUCUAUAAAAAGUGUAAUGAAUACAGUCGACAGGUUUCAACCUUGAGUAGUUAACUCCCUUUAGAGUCUAUUUACAGAUUAGUAACGAUUUACCAAACUGAACGAAAGCACAUUUAAAAACCUGCAACACACUGUUGUGGAAAGCAACUUGUCUAGUCCACCGCAUGUUACUAACCAUAAAUGUGCUAAAACACCUGGACAAGCUUGAAAGGCCUUGAGCCCUUCAUCAAAAUCUCCUGAAAAUAUCAAAAUAAAAUGGAUUUUCUAAAUACAAA